AUGACCGGCGCCACACCCCCGCUCGUUGAUGAAUCUCUGUUACCGUCCACUUCACGCUCGACUACCUCGAGUUUCAGCACAGCCUCUUAUUCCGAUGACAAGGAGGGUAUCCCCAUCCUGCUCUGGGCCAACCUAAAUGAAGACGCGUACCGUCACGCAAUGUCCGGCUGGGUGUGCGUCGGUCCGGCUGGGCGGCCAGUAUCCGAGGAGGAUUGGUUGCUGUUUGGGAUGCUCUCGGAUGAGACGUCCGGUGAAGUCGAUGACUGGUUUCGCGGCGCAUGCAGCCAACGCUUCUUCGAUUCAAAGGUCAUCGUGCCGGAGACAGAAGGUGACAAGCCUCUGUAUGUGGUGUAUCGCGGAGCGGGCACCGGGCCCGGCAUUUACAGGGAUUGGGCCGACAUCGUCGAAGUCGUGUUAGGAUACCACGGGGCGCUGUACCAGCGAUGCCUCGGCUGGACUGACGCGGCGUUGCGCAUGAUGCAGGCGCUCUACAUCGGUGGGCUCGUCAGCCGUCUGCCUUGUUCGGCUCGCCGCGCACCGGACAUGGGUUCCUGGCUGUCGGCGCUGAAGACGAAGACCCCCGACCGCCCGCUGUACUUCUCUGACGGUAUCUGGCCGUCUCCAGUGAUCGUCUGUCCGUUGCCGGACGCUCAUAGCGUUUGGCGAAGCGUUGAGCUCGGCAAGAAGUCGGCGCAUCGAAUUGAAGAGGUUCCAGUCCAUCCGCUUGCUCCUCAGCCGCGUCGGCUGACCGAACUAGCAGAGGAACGUCGAGAACAGGUUGCAGCGCCCCGCGGAGACCGACGCGGCGCUCAUGCCGCCCAAUCACCCUCCCUUUCGGCCGUCGGUGGUGGUCAGGGGCAAAUCCAGCCCGGCCGGGGCGACGGGAGCAGCGCGGUGGGUGCCGGUGCCGUCGAUGUGGGCGGCGGCCAACCGGUAGCAUGUCGGGCUGCUGCAGAAGGCUAUUCAGUCGUCAUGAAAGGCCGCACGCCCUGGAUCUAUUCGACGUUCGUCGGCUUGCAGGCCAUGACGGAUCGCUGCGUCUGUCUUUUCCAGUGGUGCGCGACGUUCGCGGAGGCCCUGGAAGUCAUGAAGCGGGCUCUGCGUGAUGGACAGAUCGUCUCGUCGUGGGAGGCGUAG